AUCAGAUCAAACAGACCAAAUUUCUCGUUAAAAAAAAAAAAACUACUAAAAAAAAUUGUUUUGGCCAAUUAGUUUUGUAGAUUUCGUUAUCAAGAUGAUGCUAUCAACCUAUCAGCACGACUAUGUCCCGCCCAGUGCCAAACGGUACGAGUUUCUAACGCGGCCCAGGGGCGCCGAGGCUCACAGUGGUCCGCAGGUCAAGGAGUGCGAAUGCGUCGACGAGUCCAAGAUCAUGAUGCCGCCGAACGCGUCUAAGGACUGUGGCGGCGUCGAGUGGACGGGCAUAGCGCCAAUGGGAAAGCUGGUGGAUCCGCGUAUCAUACCCACCCAGCUGACUCAGGACCAGGUGGACAAGAUGGCCUUCUCCGCGGAAACAGAUUGCUUUAAGCUGCAACCCAACCGCUUUCUCAAGAUCUUACGUACAGUCUACCCGGAUCUGUAUGAACGCCUGAAGGUCAUGCCCAAGGAGGAGCUGAGCCGCAGGCUGGAGACCAACCGUAUGAACACCACCUAUCAGAUCGAUUACUGUAACAUGAACGAGUACCCGGAGGGUAUUUAUGAGAGCCUAAAGACGGAGGACGAGUCCAAGAACGCCAACAAGCUGAUGAGCGAACGUGGACCCUGCAACGAGUUCCGCUCGAACGUGAUGAACGAACUGGAGCGGGAGGCGUCCGCUGGCUACGAGAUGUCUAGCGACGAGUGCCAAAAGAACUACAAGCCAUUCAAGACCAGCUUCUCGGACUCCUCGCAGACCAUCGAAUCCGGCAGCAGUUCGCACUGGAACUCCGCCCCGACCACAUACCGGAAGGUGCCGACCUUCAGCGAGUACAUGGACUCGAUAAGCCGGAACGGCUGCGUCAUCAUGCGCAACAAGUUGCACGAUCACUCCAAGUGCUUGGCCAAGUACUGCAAGCACGAGCUCAAGUUCACUUGCACUGACAUGAAGUAAUCGUCCAAAGACUAGUGCAUCUCGAGUCAAAUAAAUAAAUGUAAUCCCU